AUGCGCACAAGACGCACGACAAGACAAACAACAAACGAUGACGAUGAUGAUGAUAGUGAUAAUGUCAUAGUGGAAACUCCAAUUGACGAGAUACGGAAGAAAAUUGAAUCAAUAGAACAAGAAAUCAAUCGACGAUUUGAACAAAUUGAUCAUGAUCUCGAUUCUUUGAAAACUGCUUCAGAGAAAACUCGUGCAGCUGAAUGUAAAGAAGAUGAACGUUUUUUAAAACUCUGUCAUGCUGUAGAUUAUAUUCUUGAACAUACUGAUAAUAAUUAUGAAACAUUAGCAUGUCGUGAAAUGACUUUAUCGUUACUCGGUCAAAGGUCAGGCCGGCCAUUUUCCGGACGUACAAUUCGUAAUCGACUAAUAUGCCGACGAAUGAAAAGUUGGUGUUUAUUUAAUUUUUUAAUACUCUUCAUUGUAAUUUGCAUGUCUAUUUAUGGAUUACAUCGUAGUUGGUGUUAUCUAUUCGUAGUCAUCUGUCUAUUAGGAUCAUUAUUUUCGUCAAUAGGUCUUCGUAAAAUUUAUAAAAUUAUCGACACCAUUUGGUGA